AAAAGAGGGUCUAACACAGUCAAAAGAUAGUCCCUUUGCAAAAAGUAGAGUGAGAGUGAGAGUGAGAGAGAGAGAGGGAGAGAAAUAUAGCUUAACACACACUCACUGCAGUCUGCGUACAUGAUAUUCGUGAAUCAAAUGUAUGAAGAUCGAAAUGAUCAUCAUGUCUUGCUUUCCUAAACCCUCCUCUGUUCUUCCCAUCUCCAUCUUCUUCUUAGUUUCUUGUUUCUUCUCUCACCCUUCACUCUCCUUUGUUGCCCGCAAUCCUGAAGUUGUAGCUCUGAUAGCCAUAAAGGACUCUUUGGACGACCCCCAUGGAGCUCUCAACAACUGGGACGAAUUCUCUGUCGACCCCUGCAGCUGGUCUAUGAUCACUUGCAAUUCCGACAAUCUUGUCACCACUUUCGGAGCUCCUAGUCAGAGUUUAUCCGGCUCCUUGUCCUGGAUGAUUGCCAAUCUAACGAACCUCAAACAAGUAUUGCUGCAGAACAACAACAUCUCCGGACACAUUCCCAAGGAAAUUGGCUAUCUCCCAAACCUUCAAACGCUGGACCUUUCCAACAACAAGCUAUCUGGGCAAAUCCCUGUGUCCUUAGGUUUCUUGAAACGUCUACAGUAUUUGAGGUUGAACAAUAAUACCUUGAGUGGGGCUGUUCCUCUGCCUCUAGCCAGUCUCCCUCAACUUACUUUCUUGGAUCUGUCCUUCAACAAUCUCAGUGGACCUGUUCCCACUUUUCCCACCAAGACAUUCAACAUUUUGGGGAAUCCAUUGAUCUGUGGAGUUCACUCGAGUGAGAGAUGUUCAGGGUUGUUCCUGGCUACCCCUCUUUCGCUCUCCAUUAAUUCAUCGUCUGGAAGAAUGAAGUCCCGAAAACUAGCCGUUGCUUUGGGGGUCAGCAUUGCAUCUGUUGCUAUAUUAGUUGCUGCUUUGGGAUUUCUCUUGUGGAGGAAAAGCAAGAAAGACAAUCAGUCCAUUCUAAACGUGACAGACAUUCAGGAAGAGGACCUUGUAAGAUUGGGAAACCUCAGAAGCUUUGUCUUCAAGGAGCUGCAGCAUGCAACAGACAACUUCAGCUCGAAAAACAUACUCGGUAUGGGGGGAUUCGGGAAUGUCUACCUCGGGAAAUUGGGGGACGGGACAAUGGUUGCCGUGAAACGCCUCAAGGAUCUCACCGGCACCACGGGGAUAUCGCAAUUCCGAACAGAGCUAGAAAUGAUCAGCCUAGCUGUGCACCGAAAUUUGCUCCACAUUAUCGGAUACUGCGCCACGCCGAACGAAAGGCUUCUCGUUUAUCCUUACAUGUCUAACGGCAGCGUCGCCUCUAGACUUCGAGGGAAGCCGGCACUGGACUGGAAUACGAGGAAGAGGAUUGCGAUCGGGGCAGCGAGGGGAUUGCUUUAUCUGCACGAGCAAUGCGACCCGAAGAUUAUCCACAGAGAUGUCAAGGCAGCUAAUGUCCUGUUGGACGACUUCUGCGAGGCCGUUGUCGGUGAUUUUGGCCUUGCAAAACUACUCGAUCACGCCGAAUCUCACGUUACGACAGCUGUACGCGGCACCGUUGGGCACAUAGCUCCCGAGUACCUCUCGACUGGCCAGUCGUCCGAGAAAACCGAUGUUUUCGGUUUUGGUAUUCUUCUGCUGGAGCUCGUCACGGGCAUGCGCGCUCUUGAAUUUGGAAAAUCGUUGAAUCAGAAGGGCGCAAUGCUCGAAUGGGUGAAGAAGAUGCAGCAAGAAAAGAGAAUAGAGUUGUUAGUCGACAGGGCGUUGGGGAUAAGUUACGACGGGAUCGAAGUGGGCGAGAUGCUUCAGGUUGCUCUACUUUGUACGCAAUACCUUCCGGCGCACCGGCCGAAGAUGUCUGAGGUUGUCCGGAUGCUCGAGGGCGAUGGACUGGCGGAGAAAUGGGCAGCGUCGCACGACUACAACGACAGCAAGUCGCACGCGGUUGUUGCUCUGGGUAACGAUCACCUGGGGACGGCGGCGGCGAUCGUCGACGACGAUGACUAUGAUGCCCAGUUUAUGGAGCUGUCUGGUCCGAGGUAGAGAGAGCUGUAAGAAGGAAGGAUGGGGAAGGAGUAGGACAAGUGAUGUGAAAUUUGUUGCUGAUAUGUUCAUAGUCGUCGGGGGAGGAAAGCAGCGUUGUAUUGUAUUGUAGUGUGUAUGAAUGUUCAAUAUUCCACUUCCACUUCGAUUUAGUAUUUUGAUUUUGAUUCAUAUAUAUAUAUAUAUAGAUCAACGUAUUGGCAUAUCCUUGUUUUGUUGGAUUGUCUUGUUUAUGUUUAAUUAUGAUAUUAUUGUUAUUUUUUA